AUGGGUUUCACCACCAACCUCUUCUCCGGCUUCACCCUCACAUCUACCGCGCUCUAUCUCUCUCUCCUCUACCACCAACGCGCCCGCACCCAUCAAGCCGCCCUACUACACCAACAAACAAUCCUCCUUAAUUCGCUAAGUGACCCUGAAGUCGCAAGCGAACUCGCAACGAUAGCAGAUGCCAAUUACAGUGGGGGACUGAGAGAAGGUAUCAAGCCGUAUAGGGUAGAGAAAGCGCCCUGGACGGAACGGUGGAAGGAUAGAUGGAACAGUGAGGUCGAAGGGGCAGUGAGAUAUGCGCAAGGAAUCAGAUUGCGGACUGUUAGGGAAGGGGUAGAGGGAAGAGCGAGAGAGUGGAGUGAGGGGGACAGAAGGCUAUGA